AUGCCAAUUUUCAUUCAUUUUCGUAAUUACUUUAUCACCAAGAGAGCCAUGCGUACUGCUUGGUUUCUCACUCUAUUCACUUACCUACUAAUCAAGAACACAACUCAAGCUCCUGUCACUAACACAACAUGCGAUCUGGAAAAGGAAUUCGAUUGCGGGAGCGGAAGCCUUCGGUGUAUACCUGCAGAGUGGCAGUGCGACAACAUAGCGGAUUGUGACAAUGGAAAGGACGAGUUGGGAUGUACAUACGCUCAUCACUGUGGAAAGGGAUUCAUGCUAUGCAAAAACACGGUGUGUGUGGGUGGCGAGUUCAAGUGUGACGGAGAAGACGACUGUCGUGAUGGAAGUGACGAACUCCACUGUGAAUACAAUUCUCGUAGAUCUCGUUCCGAUCGUGUCGCGCCUUCACCGUUCCCAAACACCUUUGUGGGCCAUAAUGGACCAGAAUGCCAUCCACCAAGGAUGCGGUGUCGUUCUGGACAGUGUAUUCAGGCUGAUCUUAUUUGUGAUGGACAUGCUGACUGCACGGGGGGCGAUGAUGAAGUCAACUGCACGAGACCAAACAUUAUUGGAAUCCAGAUGCUGCCGGUUCACACCGAUAGUCCAUUGAAAGACGAAUGCCGCACUGGCUAUACGAUGUGCUUCAGUGGUGACGUUUGUAUUCCAAACAGUUUCCUCUGUGACGGCGAUGCAGAUUGCGAUGAUAAAUCCGACGAGCUCAAUUGUGAACUCAAUGCUCCAAAUGAGGAACAAUUCCUUUCUGGACAAGCUGAUCACAUGCAUUCUUGCUCAGCUGCUGGCAAGUUCGCCUGUGAAACUAAAGGAACCGAGAUGGUUGUGUGCCUUCCAAUGAACUCGACCUGCAAUGGAAUCAAAGAAUGUCCGUUUGGAGACGACGAAUCUCGCCAUUGCUCCGAAUGUGCUAGAACGCGUUGUGAUCAUACCUGCAUGAACACUCCACGUGGAGCCAGAUGUAUAUGUCAAGAAGGAUACAAACUCGCAGAUGACGGAGUUACGUGCGAAGACGAAGACGAAUGCGCCACAUUCGGACACAUUUGCCAGCACUUCUGUGAAGAUAGACUUGGUUCGUACGUUUGCAAGUGUGCCAAUGGAUAUGAACUAGAAGACGAUGGUCACUCUUGCAAGUAUGAGACCUCGACUACUUCCGAGGGAUACCUUUUCAUUAGUCUCGGAGGAGAGGUUCGGCAAAUGCCUUUAGCUGAUUUCCAUGAUGGUUCUAACUACGCUUCCAUCCAAAAACACUCAGGACAUGGGAACAUCAAGUCAAUCGACUUCAUGCACCGUAACAAUAAAAUGUUCAUGGCGAUUUCUGACGACCAAGGUGAACCAACCGGAGAAUUGGCGAUGUCUGAAAACGGCUUGCUCAGAGUUCUUCGUGAAAACAUUAUCGGAGUAGGAAACGUUGCUGUUGACUGGAUCGGUGGUAACCUGUUCUUCACACAAAAAUAUCCGUCACCAAGCGUCGGCGUAUCGGUGUGCACAAUGAACGGAAUGUUCUGCCGCAGAGUCAUUGAGGGUCAAACACAAGGACAAACAUAUCGUGGUCUCGUGGUUCAUCCAAUGCGCGGAAUCAUCGUCUGGCUAGAGUCCUUCCAAAAACUUCAUCGUGUCAUGAUGGCAAAUAUGGAUGGUUCUCAGGUUCGUGUUCUUGUCGACAACAAACUUGAAUCUCCGUCGGCUCUUGCCAUUGACUACAUCCGCCAGGACGUUUAUUUUGGGGAUGUUGAACGUCGAUUGAUCGAGCGUGUUAAUAUCGAUACCAAAGAACGACGAGUCGUUGUCUCAGAAGGAGUGCAUCAUCCAUUCGAUAUGGCUUAUUUCAACGGAUACCUUUACUGGUCUGAUUGGGGAAGUGAGACUUUGAAAGUUCAAGAGCUGUCCCAUCACCAUUCAAGUGCACACGUCAUUCACUCGUUCAACCGUUUCCCAUAUGGUCUUGCUAUCAACCACUCGCUUUACCAAACUGGUCCUCCAACAAAUCCAUGUCUGGAGUUGGAAUGCCCUUGGCUCUGCAUCAUUGUACCAAAGACUGAUUUGAUCACCACCGCCAAAUGCGUGUGUCCAGAUGGUUAUGGAUAUUCAAUUUUCGACAACUCAUGCGUCCCACCCACGACAAAUGAGGAGAAGAAUAAACUUGAAAACCUAUCACACAUCGGCGCUGCGUUGAUGGCGGAAUACUGUGAAGCAGGUGUGGCAUGCAUGAACGGAGGAAUGUGCCGCGAACUACAAAACGAGCACGGAAGGACUCAUCGUAUCGUUUGUGAUUGCGAAGAACCAUACGACGGCGAAUUUUGUGAACGGUUGAACCCAGAAAUGCUCGCAGCAUUGGAAGAAGCGGGAACACCUGCCGGAAUCAUUGCUCUGGUGCUUAUCUCUCUUCUUAUUCUUGUGGUGAUAGGAUGCUCUGCGUUCUUCUGGUUUGCUCAAAGAGAAUUGACCAACGAUGUGAUCUCCACUGCUCGCGUCCACGUGGAUAACAUGGCUAGAAAGGCGGAAGAUGCUGCUGCUCCAUUUGUCGAUAAGCUGAGAAAAGUAACCGACAGACCAUCAAGCUCAUCACCAAAAGACGGAUGUCAUUCGGCAACAAACGUAAACUUUGUUACUGAUGAGACAACUGCCGAGAGAAGAGUUCGCAUGCAGACAUCACCGUCAUCGUAUGGUAAUCCACUAUACGACGAGAUCCCAGAUGUGUCAUCCGGCUUCACGAUAUCCUCGUCAGCACCGUUUGCUGGCGUCAUUCGUUUCGAAGAUGACAAUAGCUUGUUGUGA